AUGGGUUCAGUGUUCAGUUCAAGCAAGAACAGAGAGCAAAUCGAGAUUGCUCUUACCAAAGCCAAGCAGAUCGUUAACUCCAACCCUGCUGUUAUUUUUAGUAAAACUUAUUGUGCAUAUUGCAAGAGGGUUAAGCAGCUGUUUUCCCAGUUGAAUGCAACGUACAAAGUCAUCGAACUUGAUGAGGAAAGUGAUGGACGUGAGAUUCAAAUAGCUCUAGCUGAGUGGACUGGGCAGAGUACUGUGCCAAAUGUGUUCAUUGGUGGCAAACAAAUUGGUGGAUGUGACUCUGUCCUGGAAAAACAUAACGAAGGAAAACUUGUUCCUUUGCUUGCCGAUGCUGGUGCAAUUGCUAAACUUUCUGUUCAGUCGUAA